AAAAGCGCACGCUCUCUCUCUCUCUCUCUACCCCCCGUCCUACAUUGCGCAACGAAGAACAGAGUUGGCGGAGUGAAGGAGCACAUGACUGAGGGAAUUGAAGCUUCUCAUUGCUAAAUUGUGACCAAUGCCGAUAACCAGGUACCAGCUGAAGAACGAGCUCAGUUUGGCCGAUCCCGAGCUGUACAGAGAGGCGGAUAAGGAUGAUCCUGAAGCUCUCUUGGAAGCUGUCGCUACAGUUGGACUCGUCGGCCUCUUGCGCCAGCUCGGCGAUCUUUCCCAAUUUGCUGCUGAGAUCUUUCAUGACCUGCAUGAAGAAGUGAUGGUCACUGCUGCAAGAGGCCAUGGCCUUUUGGGUCGUAUUCAACAGCUUGAGGCUGAAGUUCCUUCACUUGAGAAGGCUUUUCUAUCCCGAAGUCAUCAUUUAUCAUUCUUCUCUAAGGGAGGGAUUAGUUGGCAUCCUAAUCUUCAGACUGAACAUAAUCUUAUAAGUCGUGGAGACAUGCCUCGUUUUGUGAUGGAUUCAUAUGAAGAAUGUCGUGGCCCUCCCCAACUGUUCCUUCUGGACAAGUUUGACGUUGCUGGCGCUGGGGGAUGUUUGAAGCGUUAUACUGAUCCUUCAUUCUUUAAAAUAGAGUCAUCUUCCUCUAGACAAGCAACAGUUGAAGUUUACAGGGAAAAGAAACAUCAUAAAAUCAAGAAUAAAGGCUCGCGAAUGAGGAAUGGUGAAACCCCUGAAGUUGCAUCAACACAUACAAAAUUGCACCAGUUGCUUCUUGAGGAGCGUAUUGAGAAUGCUUGUGCUGAUCCUGGACGUCUUGUGAAAUUGAAGAAUAGAAAAUUAAACGGCUCUGCAACUGAAGGAAAAACUGGGAAAAGUUACAUGGAAAAAUUUCUGGAAUCUCCGCUGUCUCAAGAUGAUGAUGUGGUUCGUGAAACCUCAAUCUCUCCACCUCAUGUGAGAUUGGUGUCGGAUGAUACUAGCGAAGAAGGGAUUAAAAUACUUGAAAUCAGUACUGUUGGACCUGUAAAAAGGUCCUUGGAAAAUGAAAGGACAUAUUCACCGACUAAUGAAGAGGAAGCAAUACCAAAGCCAUCUUCAGGAAUGAGCAGGGAGACAGAUGGAGAUCUUAUGAACAAGCACGAACAAGGCUCAUUUCGUGUGUCAGAUGACAUAUCUUUAAAUUAUAUUAAGUUACCUGACGAAACAGAAUUGGAAAUUGAUGAACGAAAGAAAAGAGAGAACUUCUUGUAUGGGUACUAUUCUGAUUAUUUGACUAGCGAGGUUGACCAUCACUUGGAUGCUUCAGCUACCUUGGAGUCAGAAUUGGAUAUAGAUUAUGAGUAUAGAGCUAAGAACAAUUUCCUGCGUAUUCAGAAGCUAAAAGAUUCCGAUGAUAAGGAACAUCAGCAGCAAGCUCGAAUUCUGCAUUCUCAAUCAUUUGCAGACUCCUUUAUGUCAGAUGAGGUAAGAUCAUUCAAACGAGAUAUAAAUGAAGAUCAUGCUGAGCUCAAAGCUCGAUUUUCCAAUUCUCAAUCAAGAACCUCCUUCAAUACGUCAAAUGACAAUGGUUCACUCAAAAGAGAUAGAAAUGAAGAAUAUAGCAAAGGGCAAGCUCAGUGUUCAGAUUUUCAAUGCAUUGGAAAUUCUUCCGCAUCAGAUGCAAUUAGUUCUUUUGAUAAGGACAUUCCCUGUUUCUCUUGGUCUGAUUCUUUAAGUAUUGCGGGUGAAAGUAUACCAUCAGAACCCAUGUUCCUUAUAUCUAACAAAUAUAAUAGGUCUGAGAUAGAAGGCGCAUCAUCAAACCAGCUUGCUCAAAUUGACGAUACACAAAAAACAGAUUCUGGUGAGUUUCUCAUGGAUGAUGGUACCCAUGAUCAGGAAAAAGUGAUUUCUGGUAUAGGACAGGUGUCCUCUGGUUCAAAUCUGAAGAAUUCAGGACGUAAAUGGCCAGCUUCAGAUCUUGCAGCCACUUCAGUCACGAAACCGUCUAGAAGGUCUCAAUCAAAGGAAACAUCGACUGGCCACGUUGAACAUCAAUUAAGACAGGCAGAUGAAGGCACAAAGUACCAUUUUGAAUCUAGAGAUGCCAUUCCUGAUGCUUAUUUCUCCCAAAUGAAAGUUGAUGAUAACGCUACAGUAUUUUCUGAAAAAUAUCCUUUGAGCGAAUUGGCUGAUGGUGACCAAUCUGUCAGUAGUGAUGCUGUACUAAAAAUUUCAAAUGAUUUAAAAUUAGCUUCUGAAGACGAACGCAGUAAUUGUUCCGAGAUCAAAGGAUUGCAAGAAGAAUCUCCGAACCAAAACUGUUCUGAAAUUUUGGUUAGCAGGGAGAUAGGUACAGAAGAACGCCCAAUUUGCUCAUCCGCGGAAGUAGACUUGCAUUCUUCAAGUGCUACCCUGAUGCUGGAAGUCCAACCUUCAAAAGCCGCAGAUGGUGCUAAGGCAACCCUACUCAACUCACAAGACGAAUCAGACUCAGUGGGUGUUGAAGAUAAAUGUUGCGAUCAGCAAUCAAAUUUUGAAGAGCCAUCAAAAAUGGAGCAUAGUUAUGAAUUGAGUGGAUCCACUUGCAGAACGGAUGAAGAUGAAGAUGAUAGACUACUUAAAGGUUCAUCUUCUGUUGACUAUGUUGGUCAGGAUUAUCAUGUCACAGAUGAUGUGGCUUCUACAGAACUUCAGUCAGAAGAUAAAUCCGUAUCUGUUGAUGCUGCUGAAAAUGAUGUGAAUAUUGCCACUUGUCUCGCUUCCAGUAUGAUCUCUUCUGCAUCAAGAAAUCUUUCAAAUUUACAAGAACCUAUACCUGGCACAUGUUCCCAUGAGACAAAAAUGGAAACCAAUGAGGUAGAACCGAUCAAGAUUGCUGUUGACUUGAAUCCAGAAAAGAUGGAGAAUCAACAGGAACCAACUUUAGAUUCCAAUAUGAUAUCUUUUCCAAUGAGGAGUCUUUCAAAUUUUGAGGAAUCUUGCUCCACUUUUGCUGAUCCUCAAGAGAUACAGAGGGAAAUCAGCGAGGCAGUUGAUAGAGAAUCCUUGACAAAACUAGAGAAACAGAGGGUAGUGCAUCAACUAAAUGCUGCUUUGGCUGACGUAGAACUGAGCCUGAACAGAUCAGUGCCCUGUGAUAAUUCAGAAAUAUGUAAUAUUAUUCAAGGUUCAUCUCCUACGGAGCAAACUGAACACAAUUCUGUUAAGGAAAAGAUUCUCAAGUUUUCGAAGCUAGACUCUCAGGAGCCAAAAUCCAUCUCUCUUUUGCAGAGCAAACGUUUACGGAAUGGUGAAGAUGGUUUGGCAUCAUCUUCCUUCUCUAACCAGCUGAAGUCUGGAAAUCAUUUGAAGAAGUUCUUACAAUUACAAGAUGGUCAACGGGAUGCAGGGUUUCUGCCGAGGUGUGUAGAAGAUUCUUCCUCAAAGAAACCUCAAUCUGAACAGAUGCAAAGAUCAAAUCACUUGGAAAACGAAAGAAACUCUUAUGGUGCCUCUAGGUCUGUUCCUGAAAUCCAUCUAGGUCAAUCUUCGUCAUUUGAGUCUUUGUCACAAUCAGCAACUCAGGAGGUUAACUUUACAAAACAUGCCAUGAAUAAGCCUCUUCCUCCUCUUCCAGACCCUUUAUCCGAGGCACCUAAAAUCAAUUUUGAGGAGAUGCCACCCCUACCCCCUCUACCACCUAUGCAAUGGAGAACUGGUAAGGUUCAACCUGCUUCCCUCGCUUCACAUGGAGAAGUCUCAUUCCAACCAAUACAGCCGAUUAAAAGGAAAGAGCAAGCUCAAUGUAGUUUACCAACUUCCGAGAGAGAAGCAUUGCAGUUUCAGAAUCCUGUUUUACCUGUCAUGGCUGUGGAAGGUGAUAAGCUCCAAAAUACCUCGGGCUUUUUUCGGGGUGGGCAUCCUGUUGCAAUUCCUACGCAACUGCCCAUCGUGCUUAAUGAAGUAAACGGUCAAUAUAAUUACCUAGUUUUGGAGAGAAGCCAAACCCACAACCCAUUUAUAACAUUACCUUCACCAGUGAUACCUUCCAGUAAGCCUGCCCAAGGUUACGUCGUUGCCUCAGAGGGAGAAACGGUACAAAAUUCAAACACAAGCUCAUCAAUGCCACCUGUUGAGCGUGCCCUUUCUGUACAAGGUCCCAUAUCUCCACGGGAACUGUCUCCACAACCAAGCCAACCUAGUUUAGAAGUUGAAACACUUCAGCAGUCUGCAAAUAAUCUUGAAGGGGAGCAAGGAGAUCCUUCUAUUUCACCCAUGUCACCAUCAGGCAUGGAAAAUGUGCAGCCCAAUGACAUCCUUCUGCCUUCAGAAAGGAAGAAAGGAGAACCUUGUAUUUCAUCCAUGUCACCACCAGGCAUGGAAAAUGCGCAGCCCAAUCACAGCCUGCUGCCUUCAGAGAGUGAAAUGGCUUUGACAUUGGACACGUCUGCUCUGGCAUCAGAUUUUGAGAGGGAAAAGCCAAAUGGAAAGCCAAAUGAUAAGUUUCCUCGUCCACGGAGUCCGGUGAUUGAUGCCGUUGCUGCUCUUGACAAAAGCAAGCUGAGGAAGGUUGCUGAACGAGUUAGGCCUCCAAUAGCACCAAAGGUAGAAGAAAGAGAUUCAUUUUUGGAACAGAUAAGAACAAAGUCUUUCAACCUGAAGCCAGCUGCAACAACACGAAAUCGCUAUCAUUAUCAGGGGCCAAGAACAAACUUAAAGGUUGUCGCCAUAUUGGAGAAAGUAAAUUCAAUUCGCCAGGCUCUGGCCGGGAGUGAUGAAGAUGACGAUAGAGAUGGUUGGAGUGAUUCUUAAAUCUUCCAUGGAUAUAGUAUUCUCAGCUAAUUGAUAUAUCUUACUACCGUGCCUUUACUGAGGCAGGUGUAGAAAAUCUUCUCUCCUCUAAUGGAUGAGAAGUCUCUGAAAUAUAAGAUUAUAAGUUCAUAUAUGAUACUAUGCACUCCACAUGCUCCCCUUUCUCUGUUCACACCCGAUCCUUUUCAGAGGCGAUGCCUUUCUGCCCUAGAAGAUUCAGGGUUCAGGCUCUGUGGAAAUGCUUUACCUUUAUCCCUGUUUUGCCUUUGAUAUAAAAUAUUGUAUAUUUGUGUCAUGAGUGGCGUAAUUUUUUUUAUCUAUAGUGAUGAGCAUGAAGUUUUGUAAUCCUGUAAUGCAUUUUUUUUUAAAUUAUUGGUAUAAUUGCUUCUCAUUGAUCAUGUUUGUAUCCAGUAUAGUUACAAUAUUCCAUAUACAAGUGAGUAAAAUCACUCGAGAUGUACAUUUUGUAUCAGUCA